UAUAAAAAACAUUACUGUGAGGGGAAAUGUAUCUGCCAUCCCGCCUGACCCAUACAGUCUGCUGGAGGUCAUAACCAUUGCCACAGUAUCAGCCAUUGUGAGUCUCAUCACAAUAGUGGGGAACGUUUUAGUGAUGCUCUCCUUCAAAGUCAACAGCCAACUGAAGACCGUCAACAAUUACUACUUACUCAGUUUAGCUUUCGCAGACCUGAUUAUCGGUGUGUUCUCUAUGAACCUCUACACGUGCUACAUUCUCAUGGGAUACUGGUCUUUAGGGAAUACAGCAUGUGAUCUGUGGUUGGCACUUGAUUACGUUGCAAGCAAUGCAUCAGUGAUGAACUUGCUGGUCAUCAGCUUUGAUAGAUACUUCUCCAUUACAAGGCCGCUUACCUACAGGGCUAAACGAACCCCGAAGCGGGCAGGGAUCAUGAUUGGCAUGGCCUGGUUGAUAUCGUUUAUAUUGUGGGCUCCACCCAUUCUGUGCUGGCAGUACUUUGUUGGAGAGAGGAAAGUUCCUCUUGACCAGUGCCAAAUCCAGUUUUUCUCAGAACCCAUAAUUACAUUUGGGACAGCCAUAGCGGCCUUUUAUGUCCCAGUAUCCAUCAUGACCAUACUAUAUUGCAAAAUCUACAAAGAAACAGAAAAACGCACUAAGAAUUUAGCAGAACUUCAGGGAUAUCCAUCGCUGGACAGCCAGGACGGCCCUAAAGUACGAAAACCAAUCCUUCGAUGCUUUAGCUUUAAAAACAAGAGAGACGGGACUCAAGCAUCAUGGUCUUCGUCCAACCAGAGUUACGUAACUCGGACAACAUUGCAGUCUGAUGACUUGUGGACAAAAUCUGAGCAGGUCACCACCCUGAACAGUUACACCUCAUCCGAGGACGAUGACCGGUCAGUCUCAGAGUCAACGCCGAGAGAAUCCUUCAAGAACCAGGAACCACCAGUAAGUAAGAACGGACAGCUGGUCUGCUAUGAAGAUAGCAAAUAUCUAAGUGAUCUUGCAAAAUGCUCACAAACGAACAAUAAAAAGUGCUUGUCAUACAAAUUCAAGCCAAUCAUUAGCGACAUCACUGUUUUGCAAGGUAAUAGUGAGAGUGAGAGAGCAAACCCGGAUCAGUCCUCAGACCAACAGGCUCCUUCCUCCACAUCCUCUUCUACCAAACCAGAAGACCCAAACCUUAAGAUCCAGAUGACCAAACGUAAAAGAAUGGUUCUCAUCAAGGAGAAGAAAGCAGCUCAGACUCUUAGUGCCAUCCUUCUAGCCUUUCUUCUUACUUGGACACCAUACAACAUCAUGGUGCUCAUCUCCACCUUCUGUUCCAACUGCAUCCCAACAUCCCUCUGGCAGCUGGGCUACUGGCUCUGCUACGUCAACAGCACCGUCAACCCCAUGUGCUACGCCUUAUGCAACAAGACCUUCCAGAAGACCUUUUGGAUGUUAAUCCUCUGCAAGUGGAAGAAGAAUAGGGGAGAGGAGAAGCUGUACUGGGGUGGUCAAAACCAUUAA